UCAGAACUUGGAGCAGUCAGGCUCACGGCUCCGAGCUCCGCUGAAGGGUGGGGGAGGAAGAGGAGGAGAGAGACACUUUCCUGGGAUUUAUACACAGAGCUAAGAGGAAGGGCGGGUGUGCACAGGUGAAUGCCCUGGACCAUGAAGCCCUCUCUCUGCUGGGCCCUCCUUCUCCUCUUCAUCUUGUUCUUGGGAGCCCAUAGCCAAAGUAGGCCUCCCAAAAGGCGACCUAAACCUGGGCCCAAACCCAAGCCUACACCAAGAGUCCCUCCUCCAUUCAGACCUGGCCUUGAAGAGCCCUCUGAACCCACAGACCUGCCUCCUCCCCUCCCCCCAGGACCCCCAUCGAUCUUUCCUGACUGCCCUAGAGAAUGCUACUGCCCCCCAGACUUCCCAUCAGCCCUGUAUUGUGACAGCCGCAACUUGAGAAAGGUACCAGUCAUCCCGUCCCGAAUUCACUAUCUCUACCUUCAGAACAAUUUCAUCACGGACCUUCCCAUAGAAUCCUUCAAGAAUGCCACUGGACUGAGGUGGGUCAACCUUGACAACAACCGUAUCCGCAAGAUAGACCAGAAGGUGUUGGAGAAGCUGGAGAGUCUGGUCUUUCUCUACAUGGAGAAGAACCAGCUCCAAGAGGUCCCCAUGGCCCUUCCCCGCAACCUGGAGCAGCUGAGGCUGAGCCAGAACCAAAUCAACAAAAUCCCUCCAGGUGCCUUUAGCAAGCUGGAGAACCUGGUGCUCUUAGAUCUGCACCACAACAAGCUCAGUGAUGGGGUCUUCAAGCCUGACACCUUCCAGGGUCUCAAGAACCUCAUGCAGCUCAACCUCGCUCACAACAUCCUGAGGAAGAUGCCCCCCAAGGUCCCCACAGCCAUCCACCAGCUCUUCCUGGAUAGCAACAACAUCGAGAACAUCCCCAAUGGCUACUUCAAGGGCUUCCCCAACCUCUCUUUUAUCCGGCUCAACUACAACCAGCUGUCUGACAAGGGGCUCCCCAAGAACUCCUUCAACAUCUCCAACCUGUUGGUCCUCCAUUUGUCUCACAACAAGCUCAGCAAUGUGCCAGCCAUCAACAACCGGCUGGAACACCUGUACCUCAACAACAAUGAGAUUCAGAAAAUCAAUGGGACCCAAAUCUGCCCCAGCAACCUGGUUGAAUUCCAUGACUUCUCCUCAGACUUGGAAAAUGUGCCACACCUCCGCUACCUGCGACUCGAUGGGAACCAGCUGAAGCCACCUAUCCCACUGGACCUGAUGAUGUGUUUCCGGCUCCUGCAGUCUGUGAUCAUCUAACUCCCACCUUGAUGCCAACUGGACUUCUCUGAAGAGACUUGAACACCUCUCAGUCAGGGGUGGCCCAUGUGCCCACUUCCUGACAUGCUCCAUUGCCUUUUCUACCCUCUUUGGGCUUUUCCUUUCUCCACCCAUAUAGGGUUCCUAAGGAAAGGAGGAGGACAGUUCCCCAUCCCUUAUUGCACUUCCCUUCCCUCAUGUGGGAGUAUGAAGUCUAAGAACUUACUGUCAACCCACCAGGUUCAAAGAACUGUCUCUCCUACGUAUAAACACCAACCCCAAACUUCUUGCCAUAUAUAGUCUCCUUUUUUAGGAGUCCCUUCGCCCACCUGGAAGUGUCAAAUUGCAUGUGCUUUACCCAAUCUCCCUUCUCUCCUCCACCCUCACUCUCAUUCACACUUCACCAUCCCAAUAAUGGUCUGGCCCGUGAAAUGGCAUCUAGAUUAUUGACCUUGACCAAGGAGAGAUGAUGUCUCUUCCCAAACAGGUCUAGAAGACCUUGAUCUAGGAGAGGAGAUAAGUCUUCCCAACCAGGUCUAGAAAACACCUUUUAUAACUGCCCAUUGUGUAAUUGUAGCCCAGGAGAGAGAAGAAAUCUUUAUCAUAUCAUCCCUUCUACUGUUUCCUUCUCCCAGAAUUAUGCAGGGUUUCUAUAGCCACAGCUGUUUCCUCUUCCAUUCCCCAUUGGCAUCAAGCCCAAAAUGGGAAGACAUUUAUCCCAUUGUCAUAGCUUCUUGUUUAACAGAAAGCAUAUAAGGGAAUGGCCAAGAACUCCUAGAGAGAAGUAGAUCUGGUAUUCUAGCAAGAACCAGUAUCAGGCAACCUCAUACCUUCCUGGUUAGCUUUUGAAACGGAUGAAUAGUCUCGCGAUGAUGCCAGCUGAGGAUCUGUUUGCACUUUCUGAGAACUGUAGGCUAGAAGCUCCCCCCUCCUCCCCUAUGUAUAUCCUCUCAUAUCUUCAAGGGUGUUGAGAAAGUGUAGGAGCAGAGAAAGAGCAGUGAGUAAAGGGGAAGGUGGGAGGAGGGAAUUAUGUAGAAUCUACAUGGAAUGGGUUGGUAGGGUUGGGUGAGGCAGAACACAGGAAUAAAAAUGGGAUUUGUAGAAAAACAGAGCCUCCAGAUCUCCUUUGACCAUCCACAGUGAGAUGUCUGAUGUCUUCAAGGCACUCAAUUCUCACAUUAUUGGGCUUGGUCAUUCACCAAUGCCAGCUUCAUCAUCUGGUAUCUGUCUAUGUGGCUUUGAAUUAGCCAAAUUAACAGCUGGAGACUGCCACUACCUACCUAAUAUUUCUACUACUUAGAGUGUAGAAGAGAAAGUAGGGAGAAGGGGAGGGACAACUGGAUAUCUCCCAGAAGCCUCUUCCAUCAUGUGGAAAUGCACCUCCAUGUCUAAGAUGAGACACAUUAGUGACACCUAGUGGUCAGUGGAGGUCAGUAUUGUGAGUUCCGUUCUUGACUUGGUACUUCUUGUUCUCUUGCUCUUUGUCAUGGUCACUUAGUACAAAUACUGAUGAUGUCUUUUUUUUUUAAUGGUCCUGGCCUGGGACUAGCUUCUGACUUCAAAGUGACAAAGGAGGAUACAUAUCACAGCCUCCCACCAUACCCACAUCUUGGAAGGCCAUGGGCGUCUUUGAGCAUUGGCUGUUCCUGCUUACGAUUGUGACAAGUGGUCAGAGUUGAUCACAGAGAAAUGACAUCUAGCAUUAGAGUCAGGUUCUGGCAGAGGCUUCCAGGUCAGAGAUACCUGGUCAGCAUAGGUUCUGUUUUACUAGCAUUGAUCUUGUAACACAAGCUGGGGAUCUGAGAGCUCCAGUUCGGGAUCCACUUUUUUUUUCAAUCUAUUUAAGGAUCUAUUUUGAGAACCCAUUAUAAAAAUCCAGUUGGGACUUGGAGAAAACUAAAAAUCUCAUCUUUCCCCUUUCAUGACUUAUUUUUCAAUGGGAUAGGUCCUAAGCUUCCAUUCCCCUUCUCAAUAAUUUAUUCCCUCUUCCCUUGCCUAAUAACCAUGUUCCACUUUCUGGGCCUCUCCCUCCUACUUUCUUUCCUUUCUUCUUGCCUGGCUCCUAGGUUAAAGCCCUUGGCUGGUCUCCAAGGUAUACCUGGGUUUCUGACAAGAGUACCUCAGUCUUCCUUCCUUUGGCGAAGAUUCUUCUCUCUUGGUUGUUACUCUCUCUCCUAGGUUUUUGUUUAAUUAUAUGACCUUGCUCAACCUCUUUUGGUACAAAGCUAUUUUCCCCUUGUCACAUUACUUCAAGUGGGUUUAGGUUAUUCUGUGUGUGGCUCCCUCCUUUUCUCCAUCCUCCCACCACCACCAUCUCCUUUCAAUGGUGUUUCAUGCACACUUGGAGAAAUAAUUUCCAUUCUAGAAUAUUUUUAAUCUCCCAAGACCAAAUACCACCAGCUCUCUCUUCAUCCCAUAUAUAUGGCAUUGCUCACUCAGAGUUAUUUCUUUUUCCAUUCUUUCUCCUCCAUUUGAUAAGGGGGAGAUUGCAUUUUUAAUCUCCUCAGAGACUUCCUUUCCACUAAAAGAUCUCAUAGGUAGCGCAUGUGGUGGAAUUGCCAUUCCAAAUUCCUUAAGUAAGUCAUUUCAACUCUCCAGGCUUUGUUUUUAAUAAAAUCCAUGAGUUGAAGAGGAUCGGAAAGGUCCUCCAGUCCAACCACUGAGUCAAGAUUCCAUAAGCUCUGAUGUAGGAGCACCUUAAGAAGGUGUUGUUAAUAAUGCAUCUGUCAUUGAUCUCAUAAAAAGAUCAUUGUCUCUCCACUUUAUCCUUCAAGCAUCUUGAAUAACAUUCCAAUGCACAAGACUCCUUGAAGAAAUAAAUCACAAACAUAUAUGGCAAACUAUCCAGGAAACAUCAGACUAGCCCUUCAUCUUCAAGUCAUACUAUUCUUCCACAGAGAUCUCACCUGAUGUUCUUCCUCUCCCUCCUGUCAAUUAAACCUACUGUGUAGCUAUUCAUUUUGUAGACAUAGUACUAAGGCUAUUCAUUUUAGGAAUGCUAGUCCUGCAGGCAGCCUCAAAGUGGAAAAGAAGUUAAUUAGGGCUAUUGGCAGGAGCUACUCAUUUCCUUGUCCUACACUUCAACUGCCUUUUCUUUUUUAUUAUGGUGGUACACCUUACUGAAAGAUGAAUUCCCUCUUUAGGAUCCCGUGUUCACCUGCCCUUUGCUUGAAUACAUCUGUCAACAGAGAACUGAGUACCCAUUCUCUUUUCAGAUCAUUCUAAUUGCCUAAAAUUUUCUCCUUAUAUUGAGCUGUUCUGCCUCCUUGUAAUAUCCAUGGGACCCUAGUUCUCCCCUCUAGGACCAAAAAGAAGUCCAAUCCCUUUUCUACCCAAGAGUUCUUCAAAUAUUUGAAAAUAGUUGCCAUUCUCCACACCCCAUCUUCUCUUCUUCAGUCUAAACAUCCAUAAUUCCUUCAACCUUUCCUCAUAUGAUUUCAUUUAGAGUCUUUCGACCAUCCUGGGUACUCCACUCUAGACACAUUAUAAUUUGUGAGUGUACCUCCUCAAAUUUGUCACCCAGAACAGAACUCAGUAUUUCAAGUGAGAUCUGACAAAAAAAAGUAGAGUAAAGACCAUCACCUCCCUUGUUCUGGACCUGAUGCCUCUCUUGAUGCAGUCCAAUGUCCCAUUUCAUUUUUUGGCUACCAUGUCACAUCAUUGACUCUCACUGAGCUUGCCAUUCUCUAAAUCUCCAAAUCUUUACAUAAGCUGCUACACAGUCAUGUCUAGCCCAUUUUUUACCAAAAUGUAAAACUUACUAUUUUUCUCAAAUUUCAUGUUAGAUUUGAUCUAUUAUCACAGUGUCUUGAAGUCUUUUUGUCUCUGCCUUUUAAAAUGCAAUGCAUGUGCUUUCCCUCUCUGCUCACAUCCUCAGCAAAUUUGCCAUCUGUGCCUUUCUCCUUAUAAAUCUGUUGAACCGAACAUCACCAAGGACAGAUACUUCUAGCAAGCCAGUUAAAAGAUUUCAUCCCAUGUUGACAUCAAUCCAUUAAUCAACACUCUUUAAGUCUGGUCUUUCAAUCGGUUACAAAUUCACCUAAAUGUUCUUUAGUGAGCCCAUAUAUUUCUCAGUCUUGUCUACAAGGAUAUCAUUAGAACUUUUGUCAAGCACCUCGCUGAAAUCCAGAUUUGCUGUCAUGACAAUCUUCUCCUGGUCUACCAGUCUAGUUAGUAACCCUGUGCAAAAGAGAGAGAGAGAGAGAGAGAGAGAAUGACAUAAUUUGUCCUUAGUGAAUCCAAACUUGGCUCAGCUGACAGACCAAUCCAUUCAAUAACCUGAGCUAUAAUUUUGCCAGGCCUUGGACACUAUACUUAUUGCCCAAUGGUUUUCAACAUCCACCUUUUCCCUCCACCUUUUUGAAAAUUGGGACAUUUGAUCAUCUUCAGUCAGAGCACCUCUCCUAUUCUCCAUGAUUCUUCAAAGACCAUUAAUGACAAUCACAUACACAAGAAAUGUGAAUACUCUGGGAUAUAAUUGUGCAAACCAAGUGUAUUUUUCUUAUCUGAAAAUUGUAAGGACUAAAUAAUUUCUAGUGCUAUUAUCUACCCAUUCUAGAAUCUACUUUGGCUCUGGGUUUUAAAUAUUCCUUUGGCUUGAUCUAUGAUAUAGGUCAUAGGAUUAUGAGGAUUGAAAAUUCUAGAACCAUAUAUAAUGUUAGAACUACAAGGCGCUUUAAAGGUCACUUCCUUGUCCACUUCCCUCAUUUUAUCAUUGAGGAAACUAAGAGAUGAAAUGCCCUGCCUGAGGUAGUUGGUGAUAGAACUAAGACAAGGAACCAGUUCUCCAGACCCCAGACCAGUGCUCAUUAUUAUAAUGUACUUCCCAUCCUUCUCACUCCCUCUUGCCACUUUUAGGCAUUUUCUUGGUAGCCUUUGGUUUAGGUAACCCACAUAUUUUUCAGGAUAGAGGGGCAAACUUCUAUAACAGUAGAUCUUCUGAGCUGUACUUCUGCCUUCCUUCCUUGUGUAAACACAGGACAGCCCCAAUUCCUUUAACUGGUUCUUUUGGGCUUGAUACUAUAGUGAUUUAACCAAAGUGGGAGCAAGGAACUAUACUUAUUAAUCCAUCCUGCCUUUGUGCUUUCUUGUCAUAUUCUUAACCCUGCAGAUAGUAGGUACUUAAUAAAUGCUUGUGGCUUGAACUUACAGUGUAUCCCAGCACCUAGUUUUUACUGCUUCUCAUCACAGUUAGGAGACAAUACAGACCUGAUGUCCAGCAAUAUGGUAAUGGGAGCUACAGGCUUUCAGCAUCAGGCUGCUGUUUGUACAACUUGUUGAAAGUAUUUCACGGUGAUGUCCCUGCGCUGUUCUCUUUAACCACAUUUCAUAGUCUGUCCUAGGUGACGCUCAUUCAGACCCAUGACUCAUGUCUUCCAACAGAACCCUAGCCUGAACAUGAGGGUGGGGAUAAGCAGAGGUAGAGGAGGGGAUGGGUUGUGAAAGAAAGGCUGUGACUCUGUACUGUGAAGUCCCAAAUGUGAUGCAGGAGAUAGACCACAGAGGAGGAGAACAUGCCAAUAUUGAGUUGUGCAUAUAGAACACACCUAUGACACACACAGAGUGAAAACAAGUAGAAGUUAAUAUUGUGAAUGGUUUACACUUUAAUCAAUAUCUAUUUAUCAUAAAGAGCAGCCACUAUAUUUGUGACACUGAACUGAACCCUGAGGGAAUAGGGUAGUUAAAGAGAAUUCUCAAAACUUAAUCCCUGCCUUCAAGAGGUUUCCAAUGUAUCUCUUUUCUUUUCUUCUCUUCAUUUUAUCUCCGUCUCCUGUCCUCUUUGUCGAAUCCAGGUGCCAUUUUACAGAAGAUUGCUUCCCCUGGCUAUUAACUAAUUAGUAGAUUAAGUAAUUUACUCUUUUGCUUCCAAUUAGUUCCUGUAAGACUCUUGCUUAAAGUCAGUAUAUUACUGGGGAUAUAAGCAGCCAUGCUUAUAUGGCUAGGUCAAGGCCCUUCCCUUACACAUGACUUUCAAUCUAUGUUCCUCUCAGUUGGUGGUCAGGUAAGCACUACUCCCAUGGUCCCUAGGGGGAGGGGAGGAGGGAUCUCUACAUGUCCCAUGCAAAUCAGAGCUGAAUGACUUGAGCAUAAACAUAAGCCUCAUGGCACUGUACUCUUUCUCCUCCUCUUUUCCUCCUCCUCCUCUUUCUCCUCAAUUUGUGCCCUUGAUCCCAGUGGCAGUAGCAAGCCGGAAAGUCUCAGAGAUAUGCUGGCUUUAGAGUCAAUCACAUCUAUUGCUUCCUCUCAGAUACCUUCACCUCCACAUCUUCAUAGACAAAAAGCCUCUGUGCUGUAUGUAUACAAAUAUAACAUGCGCAUGUACUCAUCCAUUGUACGUGUAUCCACUCCUGGUCAUGUUAACUUUGUGGAGCUUUUUUCUCUUCUCAUAUUUUCCAUAUGAGUGGAAAUAAAACUGUAUGAAAGGAA